UCACGCAUAGACAUCCAACAGUAAUUUAUUUCUUGACAUAAAGGAAAGUGUUUCCCUUUCUGCACGUCCUCUGUAAGAAUUCCCCCUCAACACCUCAAAGAUCAUUGAAUAUCAUCAAAGUUUGUUAUUGUACAUCGCCUAUUUACUGUAAACCUUUCUUGACAUAAUGGAUAGUGUUUGUUGUUCUGCACUAUAGUGUUACGACAUUUGCAUUAUCAUGAAUGUAAAGUUACGAUAAGUGUAUUGUUAAUAAUCCACCUGAUAAGAAAGCAUAUCGACGUCACAAUGGUCCCAAAGGUCGAGAAAUCAAGGAGCAACAUGAUUAUUGUUUUCUUUUGUAUUUUCUUAUGUGUUCUUACGGAAAACAACGUGUAUGGAUAUUUCAGAUCGGAAAACGGAAACACCGAAGCCACAAUAGUAUUCAAGGAAGAAAUUGUUACAGUCCAGCAAGAACAAAUCAAUUUUCUUAUGACAAAAGUUUCUGAAUUAUCGGAUGUUGUUCAACAUCAGAAGUUGGAAAUGACUAUUUUGAAAAAAGAAAAUGAAAAUCUGGUCAGUGUUUUGUCAGACAUUAAGAUAACGCAGGCAUUGGUUUUAAGUACAUGUAAAGUAGAUCAUAUCGAGCGUUUGAAGUCCGAAAGUGAAAGCAGUGCUUCCUCAAAAUUGAAGUAUCCUGAUCUUGUCGCAGAAACCUUGGAUUUUCAUAGCAGGAAAGAAAGGUUACUUCUAUCACAACCUCCAACCCAUACGAACCCUACAAGUGGAAACGUCAUAGCUUUUUAUGCCUACAUGUCUGGUGACUUUGUGAAUCCUGGCGCCUCUCGCACUUUGAUAUUUGACAAAAUAAUCACAAAUGCUGGAAACGGUUACCACAACGCCACUGGGGCUUUCGUUGUGCCCAAAACUGGGUACUAUGUGUUCAGUUGGUCCAUGCGUUUAUUCAAUGGUGCUUACCACCAAGCGGAACUGGUCCACAAUCACAACGUGAUGGGCGUGGCUUAUCUCUACGCUCCGACGGGAGACCACACGGUCAGUAACACUAUAGUCAUCCACGUUAACCAAGGCGAUGAUGUUUUCAUUAGAACCCAAUCUGGAGCAAAUUCAGGGGACGUUGAAAGCGGGACUGGUGGACGGACAGAAUUCUCGGGCUGGAAAUUAAACUAAUUUAACUCAGCCCAAUGCUUGAUUGUAGUACACACGAAAGAUUCACACAGUAUAGUAUUAUUUCACGCAUUGAAUAAAGAUGCCGUAAGGUAAUACCAAUAUA